ACGUUUCAACAGUUUCUAAGUUUACAACGUUAGGAGGUGAAGACUCAGAUGAAGAAUCGGAUUUCCUUCCGUCCUUUGCAAAACCUACACGCCUUCCACCCUCACUGUCAACGCUGGACGUGGUGAAUGAAAAAGUCGAUUUACUAGAGGAUAAAGAAAUGCUAAUUCGGAAUAAGCGUAGAUCGUCGACCACUUCCACACUUCGAGAUCAGUCAGAACAUAAUCAAACCUUAGGAGGCAGAAGAGGAAGCUUGAAAUUAAAUAAUGUUGACAAAAUUAUCAAAAUGUGUGCUAUGGCUUGUGCAUGUACCUUUGGCAUAGGGAGUCAUUUUGUCUCUCAUGUUAUCGGACCUAUGAAGGGAAUAUUAAUGGAGAAACUUAAUCUUACAAACACUCAAUUUUCACUAUUAGUCGCAUCGCUUACUUUAUGUAAUACUGUAAUUCCAAUAGUUUCAGGAUUACUUGUAGCUAAAUUUGGCACAACUCGAAGUUCUAUAGUUGUAACUACCAUAAUUUUAAUUGGCACACUUAUUGUGACAGCUGCGUCUUGGACUGGUAGAAUUGGUUUAAUGAUCCUUGGGUUUAUAAUAUUUGGUGUAGACAAUCUUGGUGCUACAUUAUUCCAAACAAUAACUGGCUUGUUGCUUGAUGCUCAUGCAACGAAAAAGACAUAUAUUUUAGAUGAAAAUGGUGUUGAAUUAGGACACGAAGAUGAUGAUUUAAUUGCUCUCGACUCAAUAAAUACUGGUUUUACUCACGAUAUUCAUGAUAAUAUGGAUUACGGACAAUUACGCGAAAAUGAAGAGGUAAACAUUGUUGCUUAUGAGAAGGCUGGAGUACAUGCGACUGCCAAUGCUAAAUUAGAUAGUGCA